CUUCCAAACCAAAGAAAACAACCAACACAUCCAUUCAUCAGGUCUUAACUUCUCAAGUGCAUACAUUUUAAAAAUCUUCCUAACUGGACAGAAAUCAAGGAGGAGAGGUGACACUGAAACAGCGAUGCAGAGAGGAGUCAGUGAGAUGGAGAAAGAGAUGACUGGAGAGAUGGAGAAAGGCAACAAGAUGAGGAUGGAACAAGAGAAAGAAAGACAAAGAGAAAUGGAUGGGCUGCUGAGAAUGAGAAAGGAGAUUGAGACUUGUAACAAGGUAGACCACAACCGAUGGAAGCUGGAUAGAGAGGUGUUGGAGAAAGUCAACAAGGUGAGGGUGGAACCAGGGCAAGAAAGAGAAAGGCUAAUUAAAGAGUUGCUCAGACAGAUCAGGGAGAAUGAGGCUUCUAUUGAGGUACACCACUACCAAUGGAAGCUAGAGAGAGAGUUGUUUGAGAAACAGAGACAAAGUGAAGUGUCAGACAGAAAAAAGAUGGAGCUUAAGAUGGCAAAGCUGAAGGUUCAGAACAUACUGAACUUGGCCAAGUUAGGAGAGGUGACAGUGGAGAGUACCAAGCUUUUAGCUGAGAAUGAAAGGGAGAGAGAAAUGUUGAAGAAACAGAGAGAAAGCUUAAUGGCAGACAAAGAAAAUAUAGAAGUCAAGAUGACAAAGGUGACGAUGGAGAAGAUACUGCACUUUGCCAAGAUAGGGAAGUUGACCGUGGAAAACACGAGGCUGUUAGCUGAGAAUGAAAGGCAGCGUGAGGUGUUGGACAAACAGAGAGAAAGCGCAGCGGCCGACACACAAACGUUGGGGGACAAGAUAUCAAAGGUGAAGAUGUGCUUGGCCAAGUUAUGGAAGGUGACAGUAGAGGACAAUAAGAGGCUGUUAGCUGAGAAUGAAAGGACAGAGAAGGAAAGGACCAGGAGAGGAAUCAGACCCUAG